GAUAUCAAGUCACUUGAAACGGAGGACGAUAUGAUUGCGUUUAUGUUGUAUCAUGGAGACCAUUUGGUGGAUACCCUCGGUGCGGAGAUUAAUCAAAUCGAGGAAAGCAUCAAGAUGGCAGCAAAAUCGGAUGAUUUGACUAGGUUUUGA